UUGCAGAAGUCAAGCAAACAUGGCACUGCCGUAAAGCGUAGUUGUAGUUGCUAUUGGAGACGAGACGGAAAGCAGGAAGUGGCAGGAGUAACAGCUGAGGGUAGUUUUGUGGUUUCGAGGAGAUUUAUGUUCGCCAAACGGGGCAAUAUUUCACUCCAAGGACAUAUAAAACUACACGGCACUGAAUAAGGAAAGACUAAAGUACAUGCUGAAGUUUAUCCCACACAAGAGGCCACGCCCCCUUCACUGAGACUGAGACACAGAGGCCACGCCUCCUUCACUGAGACUGACACACACAGAGACCACGCCUCCUUCCCUGGGACUGACACACACAGAGGCCACGCCUCUUUUACUUGACUUUUAUUUCAUCUUUUUCUUUCUCAAAUAUCAGACAUUACAUUCAGACGUGUUCUGGACACGUCAGAGCUUUGUUACGAUCUGAGUUCAGUCACAGCAGAUGUCAUGAGUCGCCCGAGGAAUCCUCCACAAAAAGGCCAAGGAGCCGCUCGAGCCAAGCAGAUGGGUUUACUCUUGGAUCUGUCUCCGGACACUGCCCUAGAGGACUCUGGUGGAAAUGAUGAGGCGUUAGAGGCAGAGCUUCUUACUCUGAUUGGAGGAGGUGGCAGGGGCAAGCAGCCUGGAAAGAAAGAGGGUGGGAAAGCUCCUGUCCCCAUGGAGGACAUUGAGCGCAUGGCCGCCCUGUGCAUGAAAGACCUGGAUGAGGAAGGAGCAGACGAUGAAGACCUGGAAAACGAUGCCGAACUCCUGGCUGAACUGAACGAGGUUCUGGAGGAUGAUCACGAGGAACCAGCUCCUCCUGCUCCAGUCCAAUCUCACCGCUCAAACGCAAACCCCAAAUCCACCUCCACUACCCCGAGUGGUGCAGGUGGAAUGGAGUCCCUCCUGCAGGAGCGUAUCAAUAUGUACCAGGCGGCAACCACCAACGCAAAAGCUUCAGGAGAGAGCAGCAAGGCUCGCAGAUACGAGCGUGGACUAAAGACUCUACAGUCCAUGUUGGCAUCUGUGAAAAAGGGAAAAUCCAUUAACGAGGAGGAGAUCCCACCCCCAGUCGCUGCCGGGGCUAAACCCACCACCACACAGGAAGAACCAGUCAGAGAACAGGAAAAGCCUGCUCCGGAUUCCAAACCACCGCCAAAGACCAACGAGAAGCCGCUGCAGGAAGCACAGACUUUAGCCCCGCCCAAAACUCGGGUCCUGCAGCCACCCAUUCAGAAAACACCAGCUGUGACUCCAGAUACACCAGCUAUAUCACCCUUAACUCCCAUAAAGCCCAGUGAACAGCAUUCAGAGCUGAAGGCCAGUGUGUUGAGCAGACAAAGGGAAUAUAAACUGGCCGCUAUUCAUGCUAAACAGAGUGGAAAUACAGACCUUGCCAGGCAACACCUUGUCAUCAUCAAGAAGUUGGACUCUGUGGUUGAGGCGAUUGACAGAGGAGAACAUGUUGAUGCCAGCUCACUGCCACCCCCUCCUGGAGAUCUUACAGUUGAGCGUUCUCCUCCACCUGCUCAAUCUGCAUCUGUCAAACCCACCUCUGUUCCUCCACCUGCUGAUGCUCCAGCACCUGAAGCUUCCCUUCCUGCUCCCCGUAACCUGGCUGAGGCCCUGCAGCAGCGCAUGGACAAAUACAAAAGUGCAGCUGAGAGCGCCAAGAGCAAAGGAGACGACCGAAAAGCUCGCAUGCACCAGCGUAUUGCUAAGCAAUAUCAAGAUGCCAUUAAGGCUCACAAAGCGGGACGACCUGUCAACCUAGCAGAGCUACCAGUACCACCAGGUUGUCCUCCUCUACAGGGUGCAGAAAGCACAGAGCAAAACUUCCUGGGUGUCCUGGAAACAGCUGUGAAAUUGGCCAAUCAGGAUGCAGAUGCAGAGGAGGAGGAUGAUGAUGAGCCAGAGGAAGGAGGGACAAAGCCUGCUGUGCGUCCUGCUGCUCAGAAAGCCCGAGCUCCUGCACCCUCACAUUCCUCCUCCCCCACAGACACCUCCAAACUGCCACCUAGAGCUCAGCAGCAGCUGGAAUUCCUGCUCCGACGCAGGCAGCAGUUUGUUAAAGCGGCCCUGCGCUCGAAACAGAUGAAGGAUGUCCAGGGAGCAUCGCAGCACCUGCGCAACGCUAAGGGACUCGACCCCAUGAUCAUGGCAGCUAAAGGAGGCCUGCCUGUCGAUAUCAGCAAGGUGCCCAGUGCCCCAGUGUGUGAGGAAGACUACACUCUCUCUCAGGCUCGCUCAUCCUCUCAGUCGUCCCGCUUGUCCCAGCAGUACACUCAGCUCAUGGAGCGCCUCAGGCAGCAGCACGAGAAAUGUCUGAGCUACUCGCAGCAGUUCACUCAAAUGGGCAACAUGGCCGAGACCAUAAGAUUUGAGAAGCUGGGAGAGGAGUGUAUGAGUAAUAUUGAACUGUUGAAGAAAGCUCAUGCUAAAGGCUAUCCUGUCCCAAGCCACCACACAGAGGAGAGAACCAUCAACACUGUCAAGAUUUUCCCUAAUUUGACUGCCAGUGAGAUGGAGCUAACAAUCGUAAAAGGAAUUAACCUACCCACUCCAGGAUUUUCAGCCAGUGAUUUGGACGCUAGCGUGCGCUUUGAGUUUCCCUUCCCCACUUCGGAAGAAGCUCAAAGAGACAAAACCAACACUGUGAGAAACACCAACUGCCCAGAGUUCAAAGCCUACUUUAAGUUGCAGAUCAACCGAACACACAGAGGCUUUAAGAGAGUGGUGCAGACUAAAGGCAUCAGGUUUGAGGUCAUCCACAAAGGUGGUCUCUUCAAGAAUGAUAAGGUGGUGGGAAAUGCUCAGCUGAAACUCGAAGCACUGGAGAAUCAGUGUGAGAUCAGAGAGAUUAUAGAUGUGCUGGAUGGCAGGAAGUCAACAGGAGGGAAGCUGGAGGUUAGGGUGAGGAUUCGGGAACCACUGGGUGGGGCCCAGCUUCAGUCUGUCACAGAGAAAUGGAUCGUAGUGGAUCCACCAGCCAUCACCCCUGACAGAGAGAGAGCAAGAGAACGGGCUCCUUCACCAAAAUCCAAACCUCGCAACGAUCAAGGAAAGAGCAGCCAUUCAAGACUCUCACCUCCUCAAUACAAACUCCAUAGCUUCAGCCUCCUCAACUAUGACAAAGAAAGACUAGAGAGAAAGAUCGGUGAUUAUAAGAAAAAUAGACGGGAUCUACCACCAGAUCUGCUGAAUCAGCAUAAAGAGAUCUGCCACCGACUACAAUGGCAAAAAUCCUACCUUGAGAGAGGAUCCUCGUCAGUGUUAGCAGAGUAUGAUGGUGUUUUAAGUAAAUUCGCUCAUGGUCUUGCUGAUUCUGUGAAGAAGUUUUCCAGUGAAGGCAACAGGGAAGCAGCUAAAGAUGCUCUAGGACGGCUUAAGAUGGUGGAGGCUGAGAUGGAGUCUCUGAGGAGGAAGCGUGCUGCAUGAACAUGUACAGGAGUUGGAACUUCGCUGUGUGUUGGAAAACUGUUCUUACACGCAGAAGCAGUCAAUAACACACAUGUUCUGUGUGUACUUCCUUUCCUCUUCCUUACAGACAGAUCUUGAACGUCACACACUUCUCUGUAACUUCACUCCUCUCCUCUCUGUAUAGACUCUUAAACAAACACUCCUGAUAUUUUAGCCCAGGCUCUGAAUCACCUUAGAUCUCCUGGACUACUUUACUGAGAAAAAUAUUCUCUCUGACUAUAUGGAAGGCCAAAAAGGUCAUGAGUUUUUAUUUGUUUACUGCAGUUCAGAUGUGUAACCCUGCGUGUGCAAAUUACAUCUGCAGCAUAUUCAAUUGAUACGUGCCAGAACUUUAAAACAACACUACAGUCCCCGCCCACAAACACUUCUCAUUUGCUAGCGAGAGGGCAUUACCAUAGGCUAACUCCUGAGUUUUCUCCAGCCUUAUUCACACAGUUAGCUCAGUAACAAUUUUUAUUUCAAAGAGAAAUGAAAGGAAAAUGGCACAGGACAAAAGUGGUAACACAUGGCCUCUGUGGGCGUCCAUAAGAUCAGGGUGAAACGACUGCAGAGUCGUAUUUAUGAGGUACUAAUUAAUGUUUUGAAUGUUUGAGUCAUGUGACUCGGGGCUUUUAUAACACAACAGUUUUGCCUAAAAUGAAAUGUACACACUACAAGACAUGUUUACUUAUUUACUAUAAAGCUAAUUUAGCUAACAAGAAAACUGUUUUUUUCCCCCAAAUGUUGCUAUGUGAAUCUAAUUUGGACCGUUUUAUUUCGUUUCCAAUGGUCAAACUUUAGGCCACACCUCCUUCCUGAGCAAUCUCCAUAAUUUUAUUUGUCUGUUCUGAUUACAGGGUCACUUCUCAUGAGCGUCUUAGCAUUAAAAAGUUCAUUGUGUACAUUUAGUUUUUGGCCAAACUGCAUCUUUAGCGAACGUUUGCACAUUUGAUGAGACGUGCAGCAAUACUGCAGCUUUUCUGAUUCUCUCCAUCUGUCAUCCGUCUCCGUGCUCCAUGUGCCUUGUGUGAGUGGGUGUGUGUGUGAAUGGUGUAAAUCCUUAUAGAGAGCAUAUGAAGAAUAAUCUGUUCUCUGCACUGAAUUCUGCUUAAUCCUUCCUGUGUGCAGCUCAGCAUGCUGUGAUAUGGGGAUAAUGCUAACACUCCACCAGUGAAGUUUAAGGGUUGUGAAUAGAGGGUUGUGUAUUUAUAUAGAGCAGGGGAAAGGAUCACAGCCCAUAAUCAGGGAUUAACCCUCGUCUGGUUGUCCAGGUGACCUUUGAGCUCCAGUGGAGUGAUAAAGCCAACAAACUGACUGUGGGAUGUUUCAUAACCAGCGUUUGAAUAAAACGACAAAAAUCCA